AUGAAAUGGACACUCAUCACUGCAUUUCUGGCAGCCUUGAUCGCAAUAGCGUUUACCAUUGCCCCAGAGAAGCCAGACUUCAUUCCAUUCAGUGACAAUAAUGACGCUGAGUCGGAAACGACUGUACGCUUCGUUGGUGGCGACAAUAACACUAUGUUGACAGGACACUGGAAUCUUCCCAGCAAGAGCGACGGCGAGGCUCCACCAGUCAUUCUCUUGGCACAUGGUCUUGGGUUGAUUCAAGGAAAGAGUCUGAGUCCCUUUGUGUCAGCCUUUCAAGAAGCUGGAUAUGCCGUAGUGACGUUUGACUAUGCAACAUUUGGCCAAAGUGACGGCCUUCCAAGGCAUCAGAUUCAUCCUACUAACCAUGUUGCGGAUAUUCAGGCAGCCAUUGCCAUGAUCAACGAAGAAGGGACCAAGAGAGGCGUAGAUGCUUCCAGGAUAGGGCUCUGGGGGACCUCUCUAGGCGGGGGCCAUGUACUGAUGGCCGCCAUUAAUUCGGAUCCCUCAAUACGCGCCGUCAUUUCGCAAGUUCCACAUAUUGCGAGUGCACUAGAGACGAUAAUUGUGGGGAUGAUGAAUCUACCGGUGACAACAGGCAAGAGUGUGGUCAAAUACUUGGCAGGCCUCCUAAAAUGGAGUGUGUCCAAGGUGGUUCUCCGAAAGGAAAGCUAUUUUCCCAUUGUCGGCGAGCCAGGAUCGGCCGCUCUGAUGCAGAAUCCAGGUGAUACGGCUGGAUAUCUAGGCAUUCUCAAUCCAGGUGGCGAAGUUUCUGGUGGGUGGAAGAAUGCCGCCACUACAGAGUCUGGGAUGCACAUUCUUUUCUAUCGUCCAUUGAGCUCACUUUCGAGAGUCAAUCUUCCCGUCCUACUCAUCGCAGUAGAGAAUGACACUUUAUGUCCGGCGAAGUUUGUCCAAGCUGCCAAGGAACGUAUCAAGAACGCAGAGCUCUUUGUUUUUCCAAAUUUGGGCCAUUUUGACAUUUAUGAUGGGGAGCCUCUGAAAACCAUGCUAUCAAAACAGAUUGACUUCUUCAACAAGUACUUACACUAG